AGCCGUAAUCGACAACAUGGGAUCACAAGAUUGGGACGAUGUCUACUUUAUGGUCUCGAACAGAAAAUGUCCAGACCAAAAAGGCAUUCCAGAUGUGUUCCAAGUACCUCAAUGUGACGGCAACGAUGUUUACGAAUUGACUGCAGACGAACUCCAGCAUCUUUUGUCUACCAAGGCCAUGACUUCGGUAUCUCUUGUGAAGCAUUGCUUGGAAAGAAUCAGAAGAACAAACCCCGAUGCCUUGGCCAUUGCACAGGCGCUCGACGACGAGCGAGCAAAAGGCAAAACACGAGGACCACUGCAUGGUAUUCCUGUUUUGGUCAAGGACAAUAUGGCUACCAAGGACAAAAUGCAGACGACUGGGGGCUCAUGGGCCCUGCUCGGUGCAAUCGUCCCCAAAGAUGCCCAUAUCGUGCACCUUCUCAGAAAAGCUGGAGUCAUCAUCUUGGGUCAUUCAAACCUGGAUGAGUGGGCUGGCAUGCGCUCAAAGAUAUACUCAAACGGCUAUUCUGCACGCGGCGGCCAGACCAGAAACCCAUAUAUGCUCAGUCGGAGUCCUCAAGGCUCGAGCUCUGGCUCUGCCGUAUCUGUGUCCAGCAACAUUGUCCCACUUGCAUUCGGCACGGAGACUGAUACCUCGGUCAUCUGGCCGGCCAUGGUCAGUGGCAUUGUAGGUAUCAAGCCUACUGUCGGCUUGACCUCUCGCAGCGGCGUGAUUCCCAUCUCAGAGACACAAGACUCGAUCGGAACAUAUGGGCGAUGUGUAUCUGAUGCAGCCCGUGCUCUUGACGCGAUUGCAGGACCUGACCCAGAAGACAAACACUCGAUCGUUCCCGAGAGACGACAGCCGAAGAGUUACGUCGAUAGCCUGACAACGAGAAAGGCUUUGUAUGGCGCAAGAUUUGGUCUUCCCAUGAAGCGCUUCUGGGAGUUGGUGCCGAAGCAGCAAAGGAGGGUGGCUGAGAGGAUCCUACGAUUGAUCAAGGAGGCUGGAGCAGAGAUCACACCGGUUGAGAUGCCUUGUGCCGAGGAACGUAUCGCGCCUGAUGGUGGAUGGGAUUGGGAGCAUGGCAAAGAAGAAGUGUCAGAAUUCACCAUCAACAAGGUGGAAUGCUAUUACCUGAUGAACGAGUACCUCGGCAAACUCAAGAACACAAAUAUCAAGACCGUCGAAGAUGUCGUCCGCUUCAAUGAUGAGAACAAAGGAUCUCAAGGAGCCAACCCAGGAGAUCAUCCAGCCUUCCCUUCAGGUCAGGACAACUUCCGUGAGGUGGUCGAAGCAAAAGGAUUCAAAUCUCCAGCCUACUAUUCCGCUUUGUACCACAUGCGCAAGCAAUGUCGUGAAAACGGUAUAGACGCAGCCUUACAUCCGAUCAUCAAUGGCAAAAGAACCUCCCUAGACGCUCUCCUCUUUUGCGACGUCCGUGGUGCCGGCCAACAGAUCGCUGCCCAAGCCUGUACGUACCUCGCUUUUCCGUUCUGUACGUCGAGCACUACGCUAACAAUCAACGCAAANGCAUAUCCUGUCAUGACCAUUCCUAUCGGUCUUGAUCCUGAUGGCAUGCCCAUAGGUUUGAACCUCCAACACACUGCUUGGGAAGAAGCAACACUGGUGCGCUGGGCAUCGGCGAUAGAGGAUCUGCUGCGCGCAGAAGUUGGACCUAGAAACCCUCCUCGCUACCAGGACCAUCUGGCCAAGAACAUACCUGUGGAGAAUGAAUACAGGUAUCCGGGGGCGCCGCCUAGAUUCGGUGAUAGGCCUCCGCCCGCC